AUGUCGCUUAAAGUGGAGAGAAUAAUAUCGGAUGUGCAGGAGUUGGGCGAGGGCCCGCACUGGGACGAGCGACAGAAAGCUCUUUUCUUUGUGAACAUCAAGGGCUUCUCUAUUCACAAGUACGUUCCUGCCACAAAACAACAUACGAAAACCAAACUUAACGGCAACGUAGGCUUCAUCGUGCCUGUAGAAGGAACAACAGAUCAGUUCAUCGUUGGGUUGGAGAAGCAAUUUGUAAUCGUUCAGUGGGACGGCGGCGACGGCAGCCCGGCCUCCGUCGUCAAGGAACUGGGUACCGUGGAUGAAGGCGUGGAGCCUCCGACCAGGAUCAACGACGGGAAGGCUGACCCGAGAGGACGAGUGUUUGCUGGGACGAUUGGGUAUGAAAAUUCGCCAGGCGAUUAUGUAAGAAACAAAGCAUCUUUGUACCGCGUAGACGAGCGCGGUAUUCAGAAGCUGUGCAGCAACAUUACCAUCUCUAAUGGCCUAAACUGGGAUCUUCGGAGGAAGGCCUUCUAUUACACCGACACCUUCGAGAGGAAGAUAAGGAGAUACGACUACGACGUCGAGACAGGCGAAAUUUCUAACCUGGAGUACAUUUUUGAUUUCGAGAAAGAAAACGUAGAAGGCUACCCCGACGGCUCCACCAUCGAUGCAGAUGGCAAUCUUUGGGUCGCAGUGUUCAACGGCUCGUGCGUUAUCAAAAUAGAUCCAGUCAGUGGGAAGGUACUCGAUAAGGUUUCAGUUCCAGCGCCUCAAGUCACUUCAGUUACUUUUGGAGGAGACAAUUUAGACGUUAUGUUUGUAACUACAGCUUGCAUGGACGUUGGUGGUAUUCCUGGACCACCCUCAGGAUCUGUCUUCAUGGUCACGGGCGUUGGGGUGAAGGGAACGAAAAAUAUGAAUUUCAAACUCAAA